AUGGCGGAGAGCAUGAACAUCCCCCACAAGACCUCCCUGCCCCAGGGCAUCCGAGCAGGCAACGUGCUGAGGAUCCGAGGCUUGGUACCCCUUAAUGCUGGCAGGUUCCACGUGAACCUGCUGUGCAGCGAGGGCCAGGACGCCGACGCCGCACUGCACUUCAACCCGCGGCUGGACAUGUCCGAGGUGGUGUUCAACAGCAAGGAGAAGGGCUCCUGGGGCCGCGAGGAGCGCGGGCAGGGCCUUCCCUUCAACCGCGGGCAGCCCUUCGAAGUGCUGCUCAUCGCCACCGAGGAGGGCUUCAAGGCUGUGGUCGGCGACUCGGAAUAUCACCACUUUCGGCACCGGAUGCCGCUGGCGAGAGUGCGCCUGCUGGAGGUGGGCGGCGACGUGCAGCUGCAGUCCGUGCGCAUCUUCUGA